AUGCGAUCCCAUUCUGCACAAAGCAAGUACUGUCGCUCAAGCACAAGCUACUCAGGCCACCCCGCGAUCUGUGCUUCUUGGUUUGAUGGCUUUUGGUGUGGGAUUGUAUGCAAGUAUGACACGCACUGGGCGCUCAUGUGCGUUGCCAUCGGUGCCCAACCGACACACAGCGAUGCCUUCCAUCUGGAAGUUCGUCUUUCCACGGACUCAUGGUGUCAUGGACGAAAGUUUGCAACGUCCGGCAGGCGUGCAUCCGAGACAUUUCUGCAAACUCUCUGCUACGUCCAAAAUCAUCGAGCGACAUGUGACAGCUACAUUCCAUUCCUUCCGAAUGAAAGCGCCUGA